AUGAAACUGGAAAAUUUUAAGCAAAUAACUGAAGAAUAUGGUCAAUUCAUUCCAAUUGAAGUUAUUUUGGACAGAAGAGUUUACUAUGAGAGGCAUAAGGUUUUAAAGGAAUAUUCUGAAGUAAAGGCUAACGAAGGUUCUACAAAUAUAAGUGGUGGACCAAUAGAGAACAGAAUAGGAAUUGAUUCCACAAUUUCAAAAGGAAAAUCUAAUUCUUAUCAACAUUACCUUAUAAUUCAUCGCAUUCAAAAAAACUUUAAAGAAAGAAAAUGCAAAUUGAAAAUUGGAUGGAUGGUUAUUGGCUAUGAUACCAAUUUAGAUUUUUUACUUACAGAUUUCAAUGUUCAACUAAAAAUUAUCGAAAAUGAUUUUAACCCAUCAUCUAAUACAAAGUUCAAGUAUUAUAGAGAAUUAUUAAAUAUUGAUCGUAAUUUAUUAGACAGAAACGCUUCUUGUAUUGGUAUUCUUAUGCUUAAGACAUUGGAUUCUUCAAAUAAUUCACUUAUUAUCGGACAAUAA